AUGUCGAGUUUCACGUGUUUAAACUGUGGUGUCCGUUUUGCGACCGCUGAAAUGCAACGAGAGCACUACAAAACCCACUGGCAUCGGUACAACCUGAAGCGCAAGUUGGCCGAACUCCCACCGGUGACCAUAGAGGAGUUCGAGAAACGGCUUAUCCAGCAGAAAACGGAAGACGCCGCUGCACAGGAAGAUCAAUCGCUUUACUGCAAGGCCUGUCGGAAGGUGUUCAAGUCGAAGAAUGCGCACGACAACCAUCUGGACAGCCGGAAGCACAAGGACAAUUUGCAGCAGUAUCUCGCUCAAAGCAAUGAAACGAUCGAAGCAUUGAGUAGCGGCACAUCGAACCCAAUGGAAACGGAACUGGAAAUUUCGGUCAAAUCGACCCGCGCAGCAACACGAGCCGCAACAGCAGCCGCUGACAAAACGGAAGGCGAUGUGGAAAUGCUAGAGGACGGUGAUUCGGACGAAUGGGAGGACGUAGAGUUUGAAAACCCAAUCGAACGUAACGAUUGCAUCUUCUGUCCCCAUCACAGCGAGGAUCUGCUGGAAAACAUCAAGCACAUGUCGAUCGUGCACUCGUUCUUCAUUCCGGAUGCUGAGUUUUGCAUCGAUGUGGAAGGUUUGCUCACCUACCUAGCGGAAAAGGUGUGCCGGGAUUACAUAUGCCUGUGGUGUAACGAACGGGGCCGAACGUUCUACUCGAUGGAUGCCGUUCGGAAUCACAUGACCGAAAAGGGACACUGUAAAAUGUUGCACGAAGGUGGCGCAUUGGCCGAGUACGUUGACUUCUACGACUACAGUAGCAGCUAUCCGGACCACGAAGACGGUAUGGAUGUAGACGCGGAACUAGAAACACCGGGCACGCUCGAUGGGGAUGAAUAUCAGUUGGUGCUUCCAUCCGGCAAUGUAAUCGGACAUCGGUCACUGUUGCGCUACUACAAACAACGCAUCAAUCCGAACCGUGCGGUCGUGGUGAAGAAAUCGACCCAGAAACUACACAAGGUGCUGGCACAGUAUCGAUCACUCGGUUGGACAUCCACACAGCAAGAGGCGGCAGCACGGAACGCUCGCGAUAUGCACGUGAUGAAGCGCCAGCACGCCAAACUUAUGCAGCAGUUGGGCGUAAAGGCAAACAAACUGCAUAAACGACCACAGAUUAACUUCUAA